GCUUGGGCAAGCGACCAUGAAAGCCGCAGUAUUGCUUUUCGUGCUUUUGAAGAGCCUCAUCCACUACCCACAGCUCGUGGGUGAUGCUCAGGCUGAGGAAACACGUCUGCGCAUGGAAGUGCGUGCAAAGCAGCUGGAAUGGGAGAGGAUUCGGAUGAAGCGCGAGGCAGAGGAGCUCAUCCUGAAGCAGGCGCAGCUCGUGCUGCUCCUGCAGCUCUUAGCUGUUACUGUGCUCCUAAUUCUUGUCGUGGUCCUAUGGUUGAUGGGGUGCAAAAGGAGCCCUAGGAGAGAAGAGUAUGAAGAUGAAAACAGUGGUGCAAAUGAAGAGGAAGUCAGAAAUGGGGAUGCAAAUGUGGAAGUCAGUAUUGGAAACGCAGAAGAAGAUGAUGCGAAUCGGGAGGAAGGUAACAAUGAUGACGGCAAUGUAGAGGAAGUCGGCAAUGUUGCUGCAGAUGGAGAAGAUAAUGUUGAAAACAGAGAUGUCAAUGAGGCUGCAAAUGAAGAAAACAAUGACCUUGCAGUCUAUGAAAGACACAAUGAUUUUGAUGAUAGCAUUGGAAGAAUUCUACUGGAACGCAUACAGUGGCCUGUGCAGGACCUGCAGAAAGGCUGUGCGUGGACAAUGAACCUCAUGGAUGCUUAUGCACAUUACUUUGGACACGUCUUAUCCAACAGCUUCUACCCAGUCCUGCAAAGAGCCAUCGGGGUGGGCAGCGCCUUCGAAGGCUGGAGUCCCCGAGAGCAGGAUGUUGUGUACCAGGUGCUCAUACCCAUGACUCCUCCCCGAGGCCACAGCUUCCACCUGGAGCUGGACUCUGCAGAGCAGAGGCAGGGGAGGAACUUCCGUGUCCGCGUGCAGCUGGAGUGCACCUGCAGCAAGGAGCAGCAGGCUGAGAACAUGCUGUGCUUCCUGCACCACCCCGAGGAGGAGCUGAGGAGCAAUCAGGAUCCCAGCCUCCUGGACACCCUGUGCACCAACUCCUACCUGGAUGUGCAGAAAACUGCUCGCUGGUUCUACCAGCUGGUGAGAGCCAUCUGGCCAGCUUUGCCUCAGUCACAAAACUGGCAUUUAAUGCUGCUGCCCUCCAGACGUUCCUGCCAAUUCCAGGUGACCAAUGGCAUAGAAAUCUUCAGGAUUGAGAUGCUGUUUGGGGUGCAGAUAGGCAACUCCGACGUCUUUGUAAGCAGUGAGCCUAAAGAGGACCACACCCAAAACACAACCUGGCCUGAGAGCUAUGCUGUGGCAGAGAUGAAGUUCUUCCAGCACAUCGCCAGACAGGCACCUCCUGACAGUGUGCACCUGAGAUGCCUGCAGUUCUUCACCCGUCUUGUGCUGGGCUUCUGCUUUCCCACCAACACCAUGAAGACUGUUGUCAUGCACCUGCUCAAUGUGGUGCCUGUGUCACGGUGGCGCAGUAGAGAUUUGCUGCAGCGACUGCUGGAUAUCAGCGAUAGCCUGUGCUUAUGUGUGCUAGCAAAACGCCUCAACCACUUCUUUGUCGGGAACCAGAGGCUGCCUCAGGACAUCCGUUUACCCCCAGGUGUUCAAAUGGCUCGGCCGUACAAUCUCUUCUAUCGCCUGGCAGAGGAACCAGCUGAACACAACCAGGCGAUAAACGACUACCAGGUUUUGCGAACGUGGUUCAGAAGAAUCCUUCUCAGUGAACAGUGACAUAGAAUUCUAAUGCACAGAGCUGUGCUUGUGCUGCUCACAGCUGGCAGCAGAGAGACACCUCAUAGAACAUAUUUAGUGCUUUAAAGAAAAGAGAAUAUGUGCAACAGCUCUGGCGAAGGUCCCACAGCCUCUCCUGCCGCCUCAGCACGUGGACAGCCACAGGAGGGUUUAUUCUACUUCCUUGCAUCAUUUCAUUUUUAAAAAAGCCACCCGGAUCUACAUAAACGCCUUCUGGAAUUUCCCCACUCCUAAGAAUGAUCAUGAAGAGAGAGCAUGUCGUACAUGUAGGGCCAAAGUCAUCUAAGCCCACCUGUAACAUGCAGUUGUAUCCGGCCUUUCAGAAGGACCAUGAAAAAUUUAGACCAUGAAAGCAGCAGAAAUGUGGGACAGAAAAAAAAACAGGGCAAAAAGACCCAGUGGAAACGACAGCUCUGUUUGGCUGGCAUCAUUCAAUGGACGGAAGAGACAUGGACAUCACUUGUACCCGGAAGAGACACCUUUAUGUCAGCACUGGACAAACUGUCUUGGAACUUGUGAAGUUAGAUUUUGGUGCUUUAGGCACUAACUUCAUCAGAUUAUUUUUUUAAAUGAGCAAAGUAGCUAAUAGUUGCUAAAUUGUUGUUUACUGUAGAAGCACAUCAGUCUCAAAAGCAAAGUCACAGACAUUACAGUCCACGCUAAGUUUUGGUAUAAAGUUGUAAAUAGAAGCAGAAGCUGUUCCUGGAGGUCCCGGUGGGGCCGAUGUUUCUGGGCAGCUCUUGUCUUCUUCUCAGGUGUUGAUGGUGGCAGCAAGCAAAGCAAAGCAAAGCAAAGCAAAGCAAAGCAAAGCAAAGCAAAGCAAAGCAAAAGCAAUGGCCAAAAGCCAUGGCAAAAAGCACUAGCUAUUCCCAAGGCAUGCUUUUGUAGAGAAUUUUCUUAACAGGCUAAGACACAAACUCGGAUCACCAGCCCUUAACCUAUUAGAAUUCUAGUUUUUUAGCACACCAGGUUAUGUAUAAACUAUGCAUAUGGUCUACCUUGUUCUAUCUGAAAAAUGUAAGCAAUAUUCUUAGUAUAGAUCUUUUAUGUAUAAAACCAUGUUCCUGGAGGCUCCACUGAAAACACUAGUAUGUUUUUCAUCCUUCACUAGAACUUGGACUUUUACUCUGGCAUCUGAAACUCUUCACUCACUAAAAGCACAAGAGCUUCUGUUGAAACUUACUUGCUUAAAACAUAAACUUACACCUCUAUUAUAUGUAUGAGUGGCUUCACAUACUUUAAUCCAUUGUAAGGCUUUCUUUCAAUCCCUGCACUCUGAUUUCUCUCUAAAGAAUUCAGAGAGACCCUCAAUUCACUGACUCCAACAUAACUGACCUGAAAUUUUGUAGAUAUAAGAAUUUAGUUGGUUUUUGUCAUAGAUAUAUGUAUGGUGUAUACAUAUUAUAUACUUGGAAGAGUAUUAAUUAUCAUAUAUUGUAAAACAAAAUAACACAAAACAAUAUGAAAUAUGUUGAUAUUAUAUCCUGAUAAAAAAUAAUUCUGGAGAGUUGAAUAUGUAAUUAUGGUU